AUGGAUAGCGGCAGGCUGGAGGCGGCCCCUUCCGGGGCUGUACACUUGGACACAGUGAGAGCACUGCACCAGACUGUAGUCUCACUUAGAACUGCACUUGAAGUCUCCAAGAAUGAACUGAAACAGUUGAAGGAAAAGUAUGAGCAGCAUUCUCAUUGCUUAGAAUAUGCAGAUGUUAUAGAAAAAUUGACAUUAGAGAACCAUAUUUUGCGGCGGAGGAUUAUAGAAUCUGAUUAUCAAGAAAAGGACCCUGAUGCACAAAACAUAAAGUUGGAAGUUACUUAUAGCCCUCAUACACAUAAUAUUGAAGAGUUCACAAGUAGUGAAGUGGUGAUUGCAACUGCUACAGACCGGAACAGCACUAUAGAUGAGCUAGAGCCCAUUCCUCAGGAGUCUGAUGAGAACAGUAAUUUCUGUUCAGCCGAGAAGUUGAAUGAGAUUCCAGAGGAUGUAGAGGAAUUUUCAGAAGCCCCUGAAUCUCCUGCAUUCAACGAGUCGGCAGAUUCAAUUGCUCCUGAUGAUGCAAAUAACAAUACUGAAAUAGGAGAAAUCUCUCAGGUUUCUAGUUUACCUAAAGAAACUGAGGAGCCUGAACAACUUCAUCAACCAAGUUUUAAGACUAAGCUUGAGCUACUAUCAAAGUUUGAUGUGCGAAUAAAAGUGCGGACAUUGAAAGAAGGUACAAUUGUUUCUAGUACGACAUCAGAGAGUGAUUCUUCUGAAGACAGAAGAGCUUUUGAGAAGGAUUCUACGGUAUUCACUGGUCAACGAUUUCAAGAAAAAGAGGGACAGGUGGAUAAUAAGUCGGUGAAUAUAAAGUCUGUUACUACGGACAACGUCAGGAUGGCUGUCCCAAAUGAAGCGGAUGUUAAAAGCAAGUCGGACAAGUUUGACGUCCAAGUGAGGAUCACCUCGGAGGAGAACCUGGUUGUGAAGGAGAAUAUUGAAAGGAGUAGAAGAAAGGACACACUCAACUUGGAUGUUGAUGAUUUGAGUCUCAGGUCGUUGUCUGAAGGUGAUAACUCGGUGUUCUCUGAAGGGGGCACGACCCCCAUAGACCCUAAUGCUGCAGCAGCUAGUGAAGAAAAACAAGAAGAUAAUGCAAGUGGCAACGAAUCGGAAGAGGUUGACGAUAUAGAACUUAUAUUCACUACCGACGAGUCAAAGGAUAUGAGUAAUUUACAGGAGGACCUCGUCUCCAUUCGCGAGGGCGACCAAUGGGCUCCUCAAUCGGCAUCUACAGCGCAUUCCACACCUGUCCUCAUUAAAUUCCACACAUUAGACCCUGACUUCCAACCAGGACAGGAGAUUAAAACCUCUCCGACGGAGAACCAGGAGAACACUGAGAAACCGAUAGAAGUCUCCAAACAGAAGAGGGUCUCGCUCCCAAAUGAUAAGGAGAUCAGACACGUCGCCUUCAAUGGGAAGGGAAGCUUAGAUCUCCCCGGCCGUAGUAUCCUGAAGAGUUGUGACAAUAGAUCAGAUAAUAUGCUGUACAGAAAGAGCCCUAACGCGAGUUCAAGGAGGCUGGACAGUAUCGACAGUCUCACUUGCGAAUAUAACAGAGGCCUAAGUUUUGAUAACACCAAGUCUUCGAGUUUCGAACUCGGUUCCAGCAUGGACAUUCUACAUAGGGAGGAGAGUGUUGACAGUUUCCACAGGAAUAUUAAUCUAGGACAUCGGUAUUCCGUGUUCGCGGAGACUGAUAUCUCCAAGUGUGGUACGUCGGAAGAUGACCUGGCUGCUAACUUGAAUGUUCGAAGGAAUACUUGCCCUAAUCCAUUUCAGUAUAGACCAUCGAACUUCCGAGGCGUGUCACGGCCUCCAGGCCCGUUCAAGGCGGGCACGGCUCGCCUCCGACCAGUAUUACGCGACGGUGCACAUCCUCGUCGGGAGAGCGGUGCACAAACUGACGUGUGUGCGUUACCACCGCGGUGGAGCUCCGAUGGAUAUCUUGCGCAUAAGUUGCCGGUCCCACCAACGAGCGUGCCAACAGUACCAUCUCGCGCCGCGACCACGACGCGUCGUCUGACCGUGCCGGACGCGCGCCCCCCGCCACCCGUACGACGCACCGACGAGACGCGACGAGUGCUACUCAGUGAUAUUGGGUUCACCUCGAUGGUGCCGGAGUUGUCUCGGUCGGCGGACCCCGUGUGGGCGCUGGGCAAGCGACAGUCACAUCCUGACGACUCUACCACGACCUCUACUUCCAAAUUCUUGUCUCGCGGCUCGUCCUACCGGUCGCCGUGCCUCAGUAUAGACAGGAGCAACGACUGGACGCCGCAGAAUAUGUACUUACCGUCAUCCAGAGAUUCUAGCCGUCCCUGGCGCAGCUCUCUGCCAGAUGUCCGUCGUGACGAUACUGAUGAAUUGCUAGAAGAAGCCGAAAUGUUUGUGAGGCGAUCCAUUGACAAUUUGCAAGCGCCAUCUAUUGACUUGGAAAAAUCAAUCGGUGUGACUGGUCAGCCGUACAUCCCUUCGGAACCUCGUCAGUUGAGACUCGGACACACUGUGAAGGUGAUCACACCGCACGGACGCAUCGCCGUGGGACGUGUCAGAUACGUAGGCCUAGCGGGCGCCAGUACAGCGACGAGUUCCGUGGUGGUAGGUGCCGAGCUGGUCCACAGCGCGGCGCCCGGCCUGCCGCGCAACGACGGGCUGUACCGCGGCCGCCGGUACUUCCUCGCGCACCCGCUACACACCGCGCUCUUCGUACCCUUCUCCAAGGUCGUCAUGGCCUGGGCUAAUUAA